AUGUCUAUCCCUAUGAACCGCCUGGGCGGCCGCGCCUUCAGCCACGCCGACAACGACGACGACGAUACGGAGCGCGAGUACGACCGCCUCCGCGACCUCGCCCGCGAGGAAGCCAACAAGCGCAACCAGGCCUUUGAGCGCUCUCAACAAGCCUACCAAUCGGGCGAUGGCGCGGCCGCCAAGGAGCUCUCCAACGAGGGCAAGCGCCACGCGCAAAAGAUGGAGGACUAUAACCGCCAGGCGUCCGAGUUCAUCUUCCGGGAGAACAACGCCGCCGGCCGCGUGACGGGCAGCUGCGUCGACCUGCACGGGCAGUACGUCGAGGAGGCGGAGCGUAUCCUCGAAGAGCGCAUCCGCGCCGACCGGGCGCGGGGCCAGGAACACCUGCACGCCAUCGUCGGCAAGGGGAACCACUCGACGGGCCACGUGCAGAAGCUGAAGCCGAGGAUCGAGGCCAUCUGCCGCGAGAUGGGGCUCAAGUACUCGACCGAGGAGAACGCGGGCCGCAUCUACAUCAACCUCCAGGGCGGGGAUGCGACGAUGCCGCCGCCACCUCACACCGGGGGCGGUGGACAGCAGCACCACGGAGGCGGCCAGCAGCAGCAUCACGGUGGCCAGCAACAGCACCAUGGCGGCCAGACCCACGGUGGGCAACAGCAGCACCACGGCGGCCAGAACCAGCAGCAAAACCAGGACGAGACUGCCGACUUGGUCGUCAAGAUUCUCAAGAAGCUGGAGAAGGCUUGCUGUAUCGUCAUGUGA